UAUUUUAUUGGUGAACAUUUUUUUCCCUUUUUAUUUGUAGCCUUGACAACUGCACAAUUUCAUCCAGACGGUUUAAUUUUUGGUACUGGCACGUCGGAUUCUUUGAUUAAGAUAUGGGAUUUAAAAGAAAGAGCUAAUGUUGCUAAUUUUCCUGGUCAUUCUGGUCCUAUAUCUGCUAUAGCAUUUUCUGAAAAUGGAUACUAUUUAGCUACAUCUGCUGAUGAUUCAGUUGUUAAACUGUGGGAUUUACGAAAAUUGAAAAAUUUUAAAACUAUUACUCUUGAUGAAGCAUAUGAAGUUAAAUCAUUAUGCUUUGAUCAAAGUGGAACUUACCUUGCAGUGGCUGGGUCUGAUAUUAGGAUUUACCUAUGCAAGCAGUGGGAUAAUUUGAAGACUUUUACUGAUCACACAGCUCUAGCAACUGGAGUUAGAUUUGGACAGCAUGCACAUUUUGUAGCUUCUGUUAGCAUGGAUAGGACUUUAAAAAUUUAUGGUUUAUAAAGCAGCCUGUGAUUGUAACAUAUUUUAGGAAAUACUGAAGAGAAUUUCUGAUUUGUCAUUGUAUGAAUUAUCUAUCAUUUCUUUCCCUUUGUUAUAAAAAUCAUGUUUUAUUAAACAUUUACCAUUGUAAUACCAUUUACAUAUAACAUAUGCCAUUGUAAAUUGAAUGCUUCAUUAAACUUUCAUAUACUUUGAUUACAAAA